GCCGUUAGCUUCACUAGCAGCUCCCCCUCUUCCGUGACACCUCUGCUUCUUCAAAAAUACCUCCAGUGUCCGCGGACACAGAGGGAUGCCGAGGCCGGCUUUGUGUUGAAUUAACGCGUCGAGUCGAGGAUGAGGAGGUAAAAUCCGGCGCGGUUAAGUAAAGAGAAGUGAAGGGACGAUGUUUGCUGUCGACUAAAGUCCGCUCCAAGAACCAAGAUGAAGAGGAGGCUGCUGCGUGGGUUCCUGUCGGAAAUUUCCAUCCGGUUGGGUCUUCUGUUCGUAUUCCUUGUGACAGAGCAGCUCCCUCCUUUCUACCGGGAGAUCCAGGCCGAGGAGAUGUGGCUGUAUAAAUUCCAUCGUGUGGAAUCGGACCACGUACCAACCUCUCUCAUGUUUAGCAUGGCUGUUUUAACCCCCCUGAUCGUAAUCCUGGUGUUUAACCUGUUGAAAAAGUCAGAGCACGGAGAUCUGAGAGAAGCCUCGCUGGCUGUGACUCUCACUCUGGUGCUCAAUGGAGUUUUCACCAACGUCAUCAAACUAGUCGUCGGCAGGCCGAGACCAGAUUUCUUCUAUCGCUGUUUCCCGGACGGUCAGAUGAACCUGGAGCUGCGCUGCAGCGGCGACCCGGAUGUUGUCAUAGAGGGAAGAAAAAGCUUUCCCAGCGGACACUCCUCCUUUGCUUUUGCAGGUUUGGGUUUCACAGCGCUGUACAUCGCAGGAAAGCUGCGCUGCUUCAACCCAGCCGGCCAAGGCAGAGCAUGGCGGCUAUGUGCCUUCCUCGCCCCUUUGCUGGUCGCCGCUGUAAUCGCCCUUUCCAGAACCUGCGACUACAAGCACCACUGGCAAGACGUAUUAGUCGGGUCACUGCUGGGUCUUGCCUUCGCCUGGCUCUGCUACAGACAGCACUUCCCUGGGCUUCAGGACCCGGACUCCCACAGACCGAUCCGCCACAGAGAGACUGUUCAGGCUGCACAGGAGCGCAAGCUGGCCAACUCCAACUUCCUCCUGCCUCUGUAGGCGCCGCUGCAACCCGACCGGCGUUCACGUCGCCGUCAUUCCCACCGGGUUACAAGGAGAUCUGUUUAAUGCUGGUUUUAAAAACGGUCGGAUUGGUAAAAUCCAUUAGGAUUUCUAUUUAUAAUUGUUAUUACAACUGUAGUGUUUGAAGUCUCUAUGAUUGCUUAGAAUGAGUCACUUCAUCUUCACCCGUUCCAGCUGGGCAGACUGAACGAGAGUCAUAACAUUCUGGAUAUAUAUGUUAGUUUUAGGGUUCUCGGGUCAUCGUGACUUCGGUCCCCACCUGGCCUGAGUCUGUACCUUUUGGGUUGCAGCAACCAGGCCGAGUUAAAACCACACAAGCGCUGCAGUAGAAGUCAUCGGCUUAGCUGCGUCAGCCUAUUAUUUGGUGAUUGAUGGUUUACGUUGCAACUUUUUCAACAAGCAGAGCUUUGGUGUCUGUGCAGACUCAAACGCUGGAUCUAAUUUAUUUGCACUGGUCUUUAUUCUUGACUGUAUCGAACAUUUAUGGUUCGACAGGUUGAACCUCGAAGGUCUGUUUCAUAAAUGUAGACCUUUGAACCUACUUCAGUGGUCUUCUGGUCUCAACUGUAACAAAAUAAAUGACCAUCAGGAGCAGAAACAUUAAGAUAUUUCAUCUAGAUAUUUCCCUUCUUGUCGUUUUUUUUUUACUCAAAGUCACCAAAGCACAACCUUGAAAAUCUUGCAGGAUAUUUUUUUUAUGUAAGAAAUUCACAUUUGGGAUCAGAUUAAUUUGCUUUGGAUGGUCGUGACAUGGUAUAAAUUGACCUGAAAGAAACAUAAUCUAACCCACAUCCGUUCUCUUUAAAAGGCAUACAUCAUAAUUUUUUUUGUGUGUGCAAAAAUUCCUUUUCAUCUAUCUUCAAGCUCGUUGUGCUAAGAUUAAAAUAGUGAUUACUAUCUUGGAUUUCAAUUUACGAGGUGAAGAUCUAUGUGGCGGUGUGUUUGGUGAGGAGGCGGCCCCGAGAAAUGCUGCCUGAGAGUCAGUAUUACAAGACAGGAGCAGCUUUCUAACUUUAUCAUCCUAAUUUAACUUGAACAGAGAGAAAAAAAAUGCUUAAUUAGAGGAAAGCAUUUUCUUAAUCAGUUUAAAGCUCAAUAAUAACAUUGAUGGUCUGGCUGCUGACUCCCUGCUUAAGCUAAUCUGUCUUAAAUCUAAGACCCCAAAAAAAAAAAAAGAUUUGUGUGUGACUCUGGAAUAAAAUCUGGUUUUUAGUGACUGCUUUGACAACCAGUAGUGGAAAGAAAGAUCAUGGUUUAUUUGUGUUUCAUACGUUCAAGAUUUUUUCGGUUCUUUUGCUGUAAAAUAUGGUGAUAUGUGAUCUUUAAUUUGUAAGGGAGAAAGCUAGCUUAACCAGAGCGGAGUGAGAGGAAGAAUUUUGUGUGAAAGGGAAGGGAAACGAGAGGAGAGUGUGAAUAAUUUAGUUUGUGUAUAAUUUUUGACGUAGAACGGUUUGUUUCCUUCAAUGGUAGAUUGGUGACUUAGAUAAAUAGUGCUGGGACUGUUUUCAGUCACUGAUUGAUGCACGUUUAGCUUGUUGAAGCUUUAGGACCACAAUUAAACCCUUUGGCAUGUAGAGAUCAGAUAAAUGAAGCUUUAGCCACAAAAGUAGUCGGUUUCAAAGUUCUUGAAUAAUUGAUAACACAAUAAUAGUCACUUGGUUUCAUUAAUGUCCAUCCCUUUUGUUUAAAGCCUAAAGACAGCUUUGUCUGCAGGGCUUGUUUAUUGCUGCCUCUGUUUGGAUUGCUUUAAAUCUUCCCGUCUUCCUGUAGUAUAUCUUGAACAUUAUCAUUCACUGUUAGUUCGUUUUUAGUCUCUGGCUCCAUGUGCCAAACUCUUUGGACAACAAGCAAAUGUAGCAGCGCCAGUCUGUGCUUUUUUUCACAGUUAUUCUAGUGCCUGCUGUACUUUAAAUGUGACUUUAGUCCGCUGUAGCUGAACAACCCAGCUCGUCAUAUUAUCACAGGGUUGUACGACUAAAGGAACUGUGAGGAAAACGUUUAUUUUGUUUCAGUGGAUCUUAGGCUUGCUGUAAGUCGGGGUUUUUUUUUUUUUUUAGUGGUUGUCUAGCUUUACUCGUGUGGGUUUCUUUCUUAAAACCACAUUUCCAUCAAAUAAGAGAAACGCUGCGGGAGUUGGUUUUGGUAGUAGGCGUGGGUCGGUAUAAAAUUCUCAUGGUAUAAGUUUGAGCAAAAAUACUACAGUUUCACUGGAUUGACUCAAAACUUAAUACAAACAUUUAGAGCAUGAUCUUUUUUUAAUUUAAAGCAGGAAAGCACCAAUUAAAUGUUGAUUUUUAAAACGGUUAACAUUCUCAAUCUCAAGGUUUUUUAAGUAAAUCUGCUUAUUGGCUGAGUAUUAUACGUUUUCAGACUAAAAACGUAAAUAUCAGCUUUUAAAUUAGUCAGACUAUCUGCUACACUACAGAGACGCCAACUGUACGGUUUAAGGUUGGGCUAAUUACAGAAUUUAUUGUAAAUUCUGUAAUUAGCCCAGGCGCCGCUUUAGUGGAAACUAAAGCCGCGCCUCUUUAGUUUGCACUCUUCAAAGGUCCAUUUUAUAUUUUAUUUAUUUUACUGUGCAACCGUCAAACAAGAAGUAUUGUCUUUUUUUUUUUUUUUUGUCUCUCCCUAAGGGCGAUGGGUGUAGUAGCCGUCCUUCAGCCAGCUGAUUGGCAGUGCAAAGCAACAGGUGGCAGGGGCAGCACUGAGUUGUUCUAGUUACUGCAGCACUUUUCUCACUAAAUCAUUCCUUUUUAACUUCUGCGUACCUUGGCACCACUAACCGGCCCACGCCUACUCAGUAGUGACUGUUGACUAUAGAACCGGAUCUUUUAACGGACCCGGCGGGUUUGAACUGCAACUUCUUUGUGUCGGUGCUAACCUCACAGUUCUCCUGCUGGUCAGGGGCUGUAAAUGGCCAAAAUUAAAAUCUCACUUCUCAUCCAAUUUAAUAAAAACAAAAAAGGAAAUUAUACAUGUUUUGUUCAGUUGUACUGUGACUUUUUUUAUUUUUUAUGUGACGUUUCUGUGCCGUUGCCUAAUUUUUGCUUGAGAUGUCGGCUUUCUUCUCACUUUAUGCUCAAAUUUCCGGA